CUGAGAUAAGUACGGGAGAUUGAGUGUACGUCAGUGAGAUUUUGCCCUGUAAAACAGUUUCUUAUGUUCAGUUCAUGUUAUAGAGGUUCAGUUGUAUAGUUUGAGGCGUCGGGAACUUGACGAUUAGUACAAUGUUAAGGGGUUAUUCGCGGAUUACACAGGCACUAUUGGGUACGUUAUUUACAUGGGCCCUUACCGCAGCGGGUGCCGCACUCGUUCUUAUGAUUCGAGGAAAACAACGUAAGCUUUUGGAUGUCAGCCUCGGAUUCGCGGCCGGUGUGAUGAUAGCGGCAAGUUAUUGGUCGUUGCUAGAACCCGCUAUUGAAAUGGCGACAAAGAGCAAACUUUACGGAAUGGAGGGCGAAUAUGCGUUUGUACCAGUCGGAGUUGGAUUUCUUAUAGGCGCGGCCUUUGUUUAUGGGACGGACGCGUUGAUAUCUUCCCUUGGCAUUCAGUCCCCCAAUGUGCUUUUAGCUAUGCAGUCAGUCGGUACGAAAAAAAGACGCAAGAACUUUGCAAAACUAAAGAGUGACGAGGAUUUAGACGAUUAUGAUCCAUAUAGCAACGUACAGAUUUCCGAUGGGAAACUAUAUACUCAAAUUGAGUCGACCACCAUCGAUGGUUUCAACGAUCAACAUACCAGAAGACGUCAAAUUGCAAAUAUAAAUAGACCGGCGGAACAAGGAGAACUUGAGGAAAUUUAUGAAGGUUUUAACAAUGAACGUACAAACAAUCAAUGGAGGAGAGUUUUACUGCUAAUUGUUGCUAUAACGGUGCACAAUAUCCCAGAGGGACUUGCUGUUGGAGUCGGAUUUGCUGCAGUGGGAAGCAGCGCGUCAGCAACCUUUGAAAAUGCACGAAAUCUCGCGUUCGGAAUCGGCAUUCAGAAUUUUCCCGAGGGAUUGGCGGUGUCUCUGCCCCUUCAAGCGGCUGGAAUUAGCAGCUUGAAGAGCUUCUGGUACGGUCAACUCUCGGGGAUGGUGGAACCUAUCGCCGGUGUCCUUGGUGCUGCCGGAGUGACGUUCGCUGAACCUGCGCUACCUUAUGCACUUGCUUUUGCAGCCGGUGCAAUGAUCUACGUAGUGAUCGACGACAUCGUCCCGGAAGCGCAUCAGAGUGAAAAUGGUAAACUCGCCAGCGGCGCUGCCAUCGUUGGUUUCUUGGCGAUGAUGUCCCUAGACGUUGGAUUAGGGUAAAAUUUCGAUGCACCUGCCGCGACACACAGACGUCAAUUCCUCUCUAUACACGUUCCGUAACAAAAUAUCCCGCGAGAAGACUAAAAACCACGAUCGGGGUCGGUCCGUUUCGAUCCAACGCUCGUUCGAAUCGAAGACAAUCGCGACACGAAUCACGGCUAAAAACUUUGUUUACAGCGCGAUAAAACUCGAUUCAGAGCGUUUCCCGUAUCGAAAUUAGCGAAAUGUGGCUUCCAUGAAUUUAGCCUCGGUUGAUCCGACUCAGGAGUCAAUCAGAUCAACGAGACGAUGACCUUCGGCAACGCUUUAGGAGAAUUCUACGUCGUGGUCGUCGUUGCACAAACGGAAACGUCGAACGCGUGACGACGGAAAGUUUUGAUCGGACAUUGGAAUCGCUUCUCUCAGGGAACGUUUAUACCCCGGAUCUUGUUUUCGUCCGAUGCUAAAAUCGCGAGGUCGAUGCAUCGUGAAGUACAGGCCGAGCGUCGAUGGCCGUGGCGUUUCAAUUCACGUGGGGCGCGGAGAAAAACCGGGUAAUUGCUUCUCGAAGUUUCCCUGCCGUCAAACGAAAACGGUAGUUAAUCAUUCCUUGUAAAAAAAGA